AUGGGUAUCAAUACCAGUAAACCCAGCAAUGAAGCACCAACUGUUGCUUCGGCAAAGAAGGAGUUGAAUACUGGUGAUAGUUCUGAUCCCCGAUCUCCGACACCAGAAAUCACACGAACUCCUCUCCACAACAAAACUACCGGUAAACAUAACAUUACUAAAAACGUUGAUCUGAGGAAGACUUUUGAGAAUGCUAAUGGCGAAGAAAAGUUGAUACACAAUAAUCCCAUUCUCUCAGCUGUAAUAAAGAAUCACCUGCAAUCCUAUGACCCGCGAUCACCUACCCAGGAUUUUGAACGCACGCCUAUCAUAAUUUCAAAGUCAGAUGAUGUUCCUAAUGACAAGAAAUUGCUAAGAUUGCAAAGUGAUAACUGUGCUAGUCCUGUACUACGGCCAGAAAAUGAUGACAGUUGCGACAGCUGUGCUGAAGCUAGUGAAAAGAGUCCAGAAUUAAUGGUCACUCGAAACUUAUGUGACGGAUUUAAUAACUUUACAUUAGAUGACACUAUUAAAGAUGCCGAAGAACCUCUUUGCUCUUCCACAGCUUCCAAUGAAGCCAUAGAGAGCAAUAUAUCAAGUGAAAGUCAACAAAAACCAACAUUUUUGGAAACUAAUUUUGAUUAUAUAGAAAAUAACAAUAAAUUUGAAGAUAGUGAAGAAAAUAUAGAUAGCAACGAAGAAGAUGAGGCUGAUGUCCCAGUAUUCCAAAUUCUUGAUAAUGAUCCCAGGUCUCCAUCAAUAGGUAUUGAGAGGACUCCUAUAGUUGUUGCUAAAGUUGAAGAAGACUCAAAUGUUGAGACCAUGUCUGAUGAUACUUUGAUCAAAGUCUUGCAAAAUACAAAUACAGAACUGCGUCAAACAGGUAUCAAAUCUGACAAGAAUGAAGGGCUGCUUAUCUAUGAAGAUGAUGCACCUAAACUCAGUGAUACACCAAAGAAAUCCAAGUCUGCCAGUAAUAGUGGGUCCCGUACUCCACUGUCCUGCAUGAAGAACAAGGCUGAUGUUGGACAUACUAGAUCUAAAUCGGCAAAUACUUUGUAUGAUCCCAAGAACCAGAAGAAUGUGUUGUCAAAAAUUCCUAAGAGAGUGUCACAUAUUCCACGACUGAAGUGUUUGUCAAAGCAAUCCAACUUGGGACCUGCAGGAAGUAGUGUUUCUUUGAAAAAUAUAUCUAAGGCCACCGCAAUUGGUGGAGAUUGUGAGAACACCCCGCCUCAUUCUCACCGUGAUCGCUGGGACAAGGACAACAGCAUUGUUCUCUGA